GGUCGGUGGUAUCGUUGCUAUGAAGUGUACGGUCCUGAUCAUAAAUUUGGUUCCGAUCGCCCCGAGGCGCUGAAAAAGAUUAAGCAGCUGUGUGAGGAGCCGUACAAGCUAGAUGAAUGGGAGGAAGCUCAAUUUCCUGCUCCGAUAGGUGCACUGGCCGGCAUAGUCUACACCGUGAAUUUGGACGCUGGCACACUGGUAGUGUCCUACCUCGAUUGCCCAAAGUAUGAAGUCCAGACAGUGACUGACUGGUAUGAUCUGCGCACGGUACGUGAGGCCUCUAGCUUGUCUGCAGCGGGACUCCGUGAGGAGCUGAAAGAACUACAUACGCAUGCCCCUGAGGAAAUUAUGAAUAAUGGAUUGGCGCAGCCGCCGCUGGAACCACUGCACCUCCGCUUGGAUAUCCCGACUUUCCUGAACGAACUGCAAGCCCGAUUGUUCAUCGAUCUUAUGUGGGCCUGGCGCUGGCACGUUUGCGAUCCGAUAACUAUGCGUUAUGAUUCGCCGGCGAUGAAUUACUUUUGUAUCGCCAUCUUACGUCUUGCAGCUUGGGAUUUCGAGGUUUCAUCUGACACCGAUGUUGACCUUCCAGUGACAAAUUAUCCUGAUGUACCCUGGAGCUGCCCCAAAGGUGACAUCUACUGGUUCCAUGGAUUCCUUGUUGUUCUAUACAACAACCUGGAAGAUCAAUCUAUGAUCCGCUCAGCCGUUCAAAAGGCUGAGCAGUACCUUGAGAAAACCGCAUCCCAGAAUCAUCACGCCCGCUUAAUAAUUAUAUCGACAUGCCAUGUUGUUUUUGCAGAGAUCUCAGACGACACUGUCCGUGCAAGUAGCCCAAGUAUGCUGAUUUCGGAUAUGUCCAGCGGCCGGUGGCCUGCGGGUUUCCGUGCCCUCUGCCAGAUCCUCACAACAAAUUGCUGGCGAGAAAGAAAGACACACCGGGAGACAUGGAAACCUCACCUGCCUGCGGAGAUUGUUCAACUCAUCCUGCAGCAUCUGGAACCACGCGAUGCGGUAGCAUUCGCACAAGCGUCUUUCAUUGCCGAAAGAUGGUAUUACGCAAGUAUACACCAAUUCACAGACCUUGUCGUACAGAGCUCCCGGUUGCUAAUACCGUGUUGCGGCAAGCGCAGCGGACUCGAACAGUCCGGGGUGAUGUGCUCAGUUUGCUACUCCUGGCAACACACCGACUGCUUUGACCAAGCUAAUCUUCCGAGU